AUGUCUCCUGGAAAUUUAUUGCAGGAAAACAGAACCCAUGACUGCGCUUCAAGAGGUAUACCUACGCUAAAACUGAAACAACACGCUCUCUGGUGGCAUGGACCAACUUGGCUUCAUGAACCAGAAUCCUCUUGGCCCACUCUGGAGCCUCCAACCCACAACGCAACGCAUCGAGAAGAACGCCAAGGUCUGACACUAGUAACUUGGAAAGCAGAAAAUUGCCUGCUCCAACAAUUACUGUCACAUUACACGCAGCUGUUUCCAUUGCUACGGAAACUCAGCAUCUGGCAUCGUACCAUCGACCGCUUCAAAAGAGUUCCACAAUCUUCACUGGCCUACCCGCUUACUCCAUCAGACCUGGAGCGCGCUAAAUUGACCUUGAUAAAGUUCACUCAAGGACAAUACUUCGCUAGAGAGAUUCACACGCUACAAGAUGGUGAUGGUCUGCCUAAAAAUAACAGCAUCACUAAGCUGACUCCGUUCAUUGACCAUCAGGGGGUCCUGAGAGUCGGUGGCCGCUUGAAAAACGCAUUGCUGGACCCAGAAGAGAGGCAUCCAGUGAUUCUACCGCGACAAUCACCGCUUACAUCAAUUUUGAUUGAUGAUUCGCACCGCAAAAUGCUUCACGGAGGUACUCAGCUUAUGCUCGCUGACUUACGCAAGAGUGUCUGGAUCAUUGGAGGCCGUGUCCCAGUCAGAUCAUUUAUUUUACGCUGCGUUAUCUGCACGAGACAUCGUGGAGAACGCGCUCAACAGUUGAUGGGUCAACUACCCGCCGCACGAGUACAGCCAACUCGAGCAUUCUUGCAUACAGGACUCGACUACGCUGGACCUAUCACGCUGAAAACGUUUCAAGGACGUGGAGCAAAAACAUACAAAGGCUGGAUUGCAGUCUUUGUAUGCAUGUUCAGAGCAGAUAAAGAGCUGAAACGACUAUUCGCUGCAGGAUCCCGCACAUUACGAGAAUUAUCAACCUUGAUCGCUCAAGAUGGCACGAACUGGAAAUUCAAUCCGCCUGGAGCUCCACAUUUUGGAGGAAAAUGGGAAGCCGCUGUGAAAUCUAUCAAAUUUCACCUUCGAAGAACAAUCGGAGACUCGCUGUUGACGCUUGAGCAAUAUUCAACGCUACUGGCUCAAAUUAAAGCCAUAUUGAAUUCCAGACCGCUCACACCGCUGAAUGAAGAUCCUGCUGACCUGGCUGUACUGACUCCAGGUCACUUGUUAAUCGGACAGUCACUGACCGCUAUCCCAGAUCCAUCGCUGACAGAUUUACAACCUGCUCGGCUCUCGCACUGGGAACAAGUCCAGCAAAUGGUUCAACAUUUCUGGAAAUGCUACUACCAGGACUGCAUCCACCGCUACCAGGCCUUUUCAAAGUGGCAUCAUCGACGCAACCAGAUCAAGGUGGGUUCAGUAGUACUGAUCACCACUGAGGAUCUCCCGCCAACCAAGUGGCCAUUAGCCAAAGUAAUUGCUGUCCAUCCAGGUGAAGAUGGACAAAUCCGCGUGGUAACUGUUAAGACAGUUAACACAGAGCUGAUACGUCCAAUUACAAAGCUCUGUGUCCUGCCGCUAACGCAUGAAGAAGAUGAUCUUGUCGACGCAGCCGCCAACCCGGGGGAGAAUGUUCGGUGA